CGAGCCGGCACCGAGAGCCAAAGGACGCACGCAGCGCGAGUAAGCAGCCCCAGCUUGUGAUCCGCACACCCGGACGACUGACAUGACUCGGCGCCCGAGAAACAGUGUUUACAGCAGCGAGGAGGACGAGGAGGAGACCUACGACCACGAUUACGACGGCUCCUUGGCCAAGCCCGGGAAGCGGCACCUCGGGAAAACCCGCUGGACGCGAGAGGAGGAUGAGAAGUUAAAGAAACUCGUCGAGCUUCACGGAUCCGAUGACUGGAAAGUCAUCGCGAGUUUACUAUCCAACCGUACAGAUGUGCAGUGCCAGCACAGGUGGCAGAAGGUUCUCAACCCAGAACUCAUUAAAGGACCUUGGACCAAAGAGGAAGACCAGCGGGUGAUCGAGCUGGUGCAGAAGUACGGCGCCAAGCGCUGGUCGGUCAUCGCCAAGCACCUGAAGGGCCGCAUCGGCAAGCAGUGCCGCGAGCGCUGGCACAACCACCUCAACCCGGAGGUGAAGAAGACCUCGUGGACCGAGGAGGAGGACCGCAUCAUCUACCAGGCGCACGAGAAGCUGGGCAACCGCUGGGCCGAGAUCGCCAAGCAGCUCCCCGGCAGGACGGACAACGCCAUCAAGAACCACUGGAACUCCACCAUGCGGCGCAGGGUGGAGCAGGAGGGCUACCUGCAGAGCGCCGGCGCCAAGGGCGCGGCCGGCUCGCCGCUGGGUCACGGCUACGUCAAGCCGGCCGCCGCUCACGUUUUAGCCUUCCCGCACCACUCGCCCGGUCACGCGCAGCUAGCCCCCGUCUCGCAGCUCAACUACGCGUACAUGGCCGAUCCGCAACGGGUGCCCUUCCCCAUGGCCUUGCAUCUCAACAUCCUGAGCAUCCCCCAGCACGGAACGGCCGCAAUACAGAGACACUGUAGCGAGGAGGACCCCGAGAAGGAGCAGAGGGUGAAAGAGAUCGAACUGCUGCUCAUGUCGACCGAGAACGAGCUGCGAGGCCAGCCGUCGCUACCGAUCAACUUGCCUUAUCCGAGCUGGGCCGGCCAGAGCCCGUUCGGCCACACCGUGGAGGGCGUGGCCAUGUCAUUACCUCAACACCAGGCGGCCGCGCCCGCCCUGCCGCUGGAUCAGAGCUGCCUGCCCGAGGAGAGCGUCUCGGCAUCGCGGGCGCACGGCGCCACCCUGCCCGAGUUCAUGGAGUCCGUCAUUGAUUCAUUGCUCAACCAAUCAAUGAGUCCCGAGCGCUCGGACGGCGAGCGUCUUGCGUUGAGCUCGCCCGCGGCCGCCAAGGCCCGCGAGGAGAACGACAUGUUCAAUACUCCCAACAUACGUCGCUCCGUCCUGGAAUCGUCUCCCUGCGCGCCCGCGACUUUCAGAUCCACCUUGGCCCUGCAGGAGGCCGCCAAGUAUGGGCCGCUCAAGCUGCCGGUGAGCAAGCCCGCUCCUUUGGAUCAGCAGAUGGUGGAAUCCAUCAAGCAGGAGCCUAUCGAGUGCGCCAUUGAGCACCCGCCUCUGAAGAAGAUCAAACAAGAGGUGGAGUCUCCGUGUGAAAGGAGUCCAUACAUGCAGUGGGACGGCCAAGAACUGAACACACAGCUCUUCUCACCAAAUGGCCCUGCGCAGGAAGUACCGGACUUGGUCACAAGUUCGUUGCUAAGCGAAGACGGACACAAAGCCUACCAUCUUCCUCACAGGACCUCACACAGCCAACUGCCGCCGCUGAGCUUGUGGGAGCAAACGACGUGCGGCAAAAGCGAGGAGAGCGCAAUGGCGGCCGAGGCCAGCCACAUCAAGUACGUCAACGCGGCAUUCCCAACGCGGACGCUGGUGGCGUAGACGCCAGCGCCAAGUCGAUUGGCUGUUUUCGGGAUUUGUAUUUGUUGUGGUACUUUGGUAUUUUUUUUAUAUAUAUAUAGACAAUUGCUUUGGGGUUUUUUUUUGUUGUUUUUUUUUUGGUUGUCUCUUUUGGUCAUAUGUUUCUUUUUUUUUUAUUAUCACUGUAUUGAAAAUGCGGGGAUGUAUCACGAGCAUUGGGUUGUAUUUUUAAUUCUGAAUUUUGAUAUUAAUAUAAAGAACAAGUUGGUUAAUUUAUUUUCUCUGUUUAGAUGAUUUGUUUUGGUUUCUAUUCUUACACAAUUGGCCAAAAGAGCAGUGUUGGACGAAUUUAGUAUUUAAGCCCUUUUCGCAUUAUUGCAUAUCCAGUGGCAUCUUAAUGGAUUGAAAACUGACCUAUUUGUUGAGUUUUAUGAUUUCAUCUUUUUUUUUUCUUUUUUUUUUUUUACGGCUAGAAUGGGUCUACUGAUAAUUUCAAGUGUUUGGUGCGCGCGUCACCUCUUGUUAAACACAAACCUACUGAACAAGCUGUAUUAAUGUCAGUCGUGUUUUAUGCCGCGGAAAGGGACAACCCGACAAGUAUUAAGCGUUUACCACAUUGUCACCUUUUAAUUUCAUUCAUAUUUUCUUUUUUUUGAGGGGGGGAAGCAUUCAAUGAACAAACAUUUUAUGUGGAAAAAAAGGAUUUAUGUCUACAGUAUAUUGAGACACGCAUGGGUGUGUGAAACCACAAGUUUCACGCAGCAGGAGUGACAUCAAGAUGCACUUGGGGGGGUAUUAACUACUUCUAUGAAAAUUCAGACUGUGCUUGUUUUUUUUUAUUUUAAAGACAUGUAUUUGAAUAGUUUGGGGAGGGGGGGUGAGUUGUAACUCAAUCAGCGUCAUGAGGGAGCCCAUUUCAAACACUUUCUUGCCUUUUUGAUACCUUUUUUUUAUAUUCCUUGUUUAAUAUUAGCUGUGCAGAAAUCAUUUUAUUGAAAUGUUUAUACAAGCCAAGUUUUCACAUUUUUGAUACUUUUCUAUACUGCUGAGUCAAUAAAGAGUGCUGUUUUUACUACAA